GGCGAGCAGCGCAAGGAAUUAGAAGUUUCAAAUCGGUUGUGAUUGUUCUUCAUUAAAAAGUGGUUUCAAGAUAGAUACAAAUUUAAUUUCAUUAGCGAGUAGACUUUGCUGCCCAAAGACGAAAGCGUGAACACGGUCGACUUUGAUCAAAUAACCUAUCCACCGCAGAGGUUGAUUGCGAUCUCGACCGUAGAUGAGCUUAAUCUGGGCACAGAUUUCUGCUUCCUCAUAAAUCAUUAUGCGGCUGCAAGUAGCACAUUGGUGCAAAUCUUAAUGCUAGAUGUCUGAGAAUAGAUUUCAAUUCUUUGUAGCGACAGGCAGUUGAACACAAAGCGAAGCAGAGUAUUUCAACGACUCGGUUGCGGAUGAAUUGAAAAGCAAGACGAAUAUUAUAGAAGCGUUGUUCCGACAAUAAUUCUGUGUCCACGAAACAAUUGCUUGUAUGAGUGAUUUGCGGACUUGCUGGAAUACGCGAACAAGAUCGGCUACGGAGAAAAACAAACGCUAGAAGUUUCGAACGGAUUGUCAUCUCGUUGUUGAGCAUGUUAAAUGGUGAAAGCGUUCACUUGACGUCGAAUAAAAGCUAUUAAAAAGAGUGGCUUUUGGUUGGCAACGAGGAGCUUCUUCAAGAUACUGCUGCAUGCCUGCUGAAGUACUUGAGGUAGAUUUAAGGUUUUUAGAUCAAGUGGAUAUUCGAGAGCAUCAGCAAGCUACCGCACACGGUCUCAAAACCCUGCAGCACCUUCGUGUUUUGUCGUAUAGGUGUAAAUAUUGUAUUGGCGAUUGUUGACUAUUGUACACGAACAAAUCACCGAUUUUGGUAGCAUUCAAAUAUAUGUGUUUAGAGCAUAACAUAAGCAACGUGUCGCCGACCCUUUGAGACUAUCAGCAAAAGACUGGUUACUAAAAACACAUCACGUGGGAAUUGAUGUAACCAAUGCUAGAAAAAACAUAAUUACAAGGAAAUAUCCUGCAAGUGGUCGGCCAGUCGGAUUAAGGUCGUAAGAGCAAUAUUCGUUUUACAGUGAAUCAUAACGAUUUUUCAUAUAGAGCAGGCUUGCCAGGUACAUUGUUUGCUAUUGUGUGUUGUGGAAGCCAUCGUGUGUGUAUUGAGAAAUACUGGCUUGAGAAAGAUGACGUGCAUGCAAUAGAUUGAACACUUUUUAUUGCGUAGUCAGUACGAAGAGGGAUCCGAGAUGUUGAAGCACAAAUUCAAAAACCCAAGGGUGAAUAACCAGUACCGCAAGCCGGCUUGUCACACAGACUAUUGCUUCCAAAGGCGAGCUUGCUGUAAUAAUUAUAGGUGCUGCGUUUGUCAUUGCUGUUUGGAAGAUUUUAAAGUUUACAGUAAAGCCCACGAUGGAUGUAUUGGGAAUAUAACAUAUACGAUGACCAGCGAAGACAUUGUUUCCAAAGCUGCACCAACAUCUCGUGGCACAACAGUUCAAAAGGCUGAGAAACCAAAGAAUACAGAUAGCAAAAGAAAAAGGUUUGCAUCUACCAUCACAGAGAAAUCGUUUCUUCGGCCAACCACGACUAUCGAUGUUUUACAUAAAACUGAAGGGAAAAAGACCAAACAUGUUCCAUUCACUGAAAAAGUCAAGACAACUUUACAGGCCUGGCAACCCACCAUUAAUAAAUCAAGAAACUCCCAAGGAAAAGUUGGCUACAGCAAAGCUGUACGGGAUGACAAAACAAGUACCAUCGCAGGCGUUGCUGUUGCACUUGCUCUGGUUGCUAUAGUUGCAAUAGUUAUUGUUGUUGUGAUAUGCAGUCGUAGAAAGAGGCAGAAGAGGAGCAAAACAUCAAAGCCAGAAACAAGUGGAAAUGAUGCAGCUGUUGUUACUAUUCCACUGACCAUUGAAAACGUUUCUGACAAGUUCCGAGAUGUAACAGGAGAAGGCAGUGUUUCUGACACAACACUGGACUCGAAUAUGAUUUUACUUAAAACUGCUGAAAAGGUUAACAAUAGCUAUUCAAAUGGAAAACUUUGCAAUACCAAUCAUGGCUUACAAGAGGAAAGAAGGCGUGGAAAGGAGAGAAAGAGAUCUGGAAAACAAAGGGGAAACAGCAGUGCAGAUGAACAUCGCAACUGUGAUGAUGUUAUCCAUCGAAUCUGCAACGGUACCACAACGGCCUCGAAUGAAACGUCAAGCAUGCUACCGGUGCAUGGAGAAGAGGCAGGCUUAAACAAUCAUAGUCAUUCAUCAGGGGCAAUGAAGUAUCAACACAAUGGACACAAUCUUCACGUAAGAAAUGGAUCAGUGGAAUGUGAUGUUUAGAUUCGUUGAGGCAGGCAUUCUCUCCUGUGUGGAGACAUGUAGUAUUAUACCAAAAAGUUGGUUAUGGCAUUUGUAGAUUGCCUUUACCAAUGAAUAGUGUCUUUAAUUUUCAUGAUGAUGUACGAUUUAGAUUUUGAAUUUCUAGAAACCUUAUUUGUCUGGAUGAUGGUUUUACAUUAUUCUAAAAUUCACUGCCGUAAAAGUUAGGACCAAUUUAUAUGGCGGUAUUUGCCUGUCUUCUAUUAACACUUAGCCGGGAUAAUACUGAAUUUGUAUGCAUGUCGGAAAACCUAGCUUCAUAUAGACAGGCACUUGGAAUCUGCAAAUAACUUUCAAUAGCAAAAUAGAACGAAAGUUUUAAAUUUAAUUGGCAUUUAAUCCCGAGUUUACCUAAAAAAGACCACAAUUUAGUAAAUUUUUAGAUAUCAAAUAGAAAUGAUACAUAUUUUUCAUAUUUUGUCUUUGUUGCAGCAUCGUUUUUAGGAAUAGCGAGCCCCGGGGUUGGUGCUUGAGAUUAUAGUCUCUCUAAAUAAAUUUGAAGCAUUUUAGCUUUUAUAUUAAGGUGAAAAAGGACGGUAUCUUUGAUUGGUUUUGUUAUGAGAUACAUGUAAAGCCUGUCAUUUUUUCCUUGGUUUUUUAAUAUUAGAAGAAUUAACAUUGAAUCUGUUUAUGAUAGCGAUCACAAACUA